UGUCAUAACAACUGAAAUAGACGUCUUUGUUGUUGACUUUUAUUUCAAACAAUUUUAUGUUCAUUUCUUAUUCUACUUCGCUAGUGCUUGCAAGGUAUUUUGAAUAACACAAAUAAGAAUGGCUACAAAUACACCGCCUAAUAUAUCUGCAAGAAUUUUCUAUGGAUUACGAACGGAUAUUGAACAAAACGCUCAUUAUGUGACCGACUCUGAGAUCAUCUAUCCAGCGGGCGGGGUUAUAGUGAUCCACAACCAUAUUCAGAAGAAACAGAAGUUUAUCAGACUCCAAGACAAACAUAAGCCGAUCAAGUCAAUAAUUUUGGCGCCAAACAGGCGUUGGCUUGCUUUGAACGAAAUAGCAGAAGAGGGUCAAAAGCCUAUAAUAACGAUAUACGACCUGACGACUUACAAGAGACGUAAAAUAUUAACCGUGCCAUUUGAAAAUUCAACGGCCAGAGAGUUUGCGUGCGUCCAAUUUACGUUCGAUUCGAAAUACUUAGUGGCGAUAACUGGAGAACCGGACUGGUAUUUGUACUAUUAUAACUGGGAUAAAGGCAAAGUUGAGAGUCAUGCUAAAGCUCAGAAUCCUAGCGGCCAGGGAACUGUUGAAAGCGUGCAAUGUAAUCCUUCGGAUGCAACUCUUGUGGUUAUAACAGGCCCCUAUACUUUCCGGAUUAUGAACGUUGCAGAAACUGUAUGGCGACAGUGGGGUUGGUGUAAGGCUGAAAAUAUUAAUAUAACUACUUGCAUGUGGUUGACUCCCGACCGGAUCAUGUUCGGGACGGCUAACGGAGUCAUCAUGAUGGUAGAAAACGGUGAACUACGACAGAAUUGCAUAUUUCAAGCUCUUGAUGUUACAGAAAUGUCCCUCAAAAAAGUUGACGUUGAGGCCGCAGAAGGUGAAAAGACCAGUACAUCCACCGGAGACGGAACUAGCAGCGAACAAGGAAUUCUUGAAGCCGAAAGUUACCCCGUUGAACAUUUCACGAAUUUCUCUAAAGGAUUUGCAUACGCUUGUGGCCAAGGAUAUGUUCAUAUGUUUGAGAAAGAAACACCUCAUCAUUGGCGUAAAAGGAAUGUUUAUAGAAUUUGGAAAAAGUCAUACAAACAUACUCGAGAACAUCCACUAUGGUCACCCCUUGACGCUAUCCAACAUAUUACGAUAGAUCCAAAUCAGGAGACACUUCUCAUAACGACUCUCAGAAAGCAACUGUACUAUGUCAAACUAUUUGGACAACAUAUGCUUCAGAAUCCAGAAAUUGCCUUUUUAGAACUCGGACCCGCAAUGCAUUAUGGUCGUAUUAAUUCCUUAUCGAUGUGCGCUUGGAAACCAAUAUUUAUGACUUCAGGCGAAGAAGACAAAAGCAUUAGGGUAUGGAAUUACAUGACCGACGAUGUGGAAUUGAUUAAAUUGUAUCAAGAGGAGAUACAUUGUGUGUCCUUACAUCCAACUGGACUUUUUGCUAUCGUGGGGUUUUCAGACAAGUUACGUUUUAUGGUGGUAUUAAUUGACGACUUUGAAGUUAUGCGAGAAUUCCCGAUUCGCAAUUGCAAGCGCGCAAGAUUUAGUACUAAUGGGCAUCUCUUUGCAGCUGUUAAUGGUCAAAUUAUACAAGUUUUCUCUUCUGUAUCCUUCCAGAAUGUUUAUAAUCUGAAGGGUCAUAAUGGAAAAAUAACAAGUUUAGCGUGGUCUGCCAAUGAUUUGACUUUGGUAUCGUGUGGUACCGAGGGAGCCGUAUAUGAAUGGAACAUGUCAUCUGGACAAAGAGUUGGCGAAGUUAUACUUAAAACAAACCAGUUUAACGCAUGUGCAGUAAAUAGCAACGGGAAAACCACGUACGGCGUGGGCACCGACGGAGAAAUCAAGGAAAUCGGCUCCAAUUCUAUCCGCAGAAAUUUAGGAUUGAUUGGAUGCGCUCUCGAUACAAUCGUGUUAUCUCGCUCGGAUUUGAUGCUAUUUAUUACCGGUGGCGAAGGUGGAGUUGCUGCAGUUCAGUUACCUUUACUGGACAAGGCUAUCUUUAACGAAUUUCAUAUGCAUAACAAAAAAGUUAUAGGCAUCGCUUUGUCAUAUGACGAUCAAACUUUAGUAUCAGUAGCCGAAGAUUCUUCAAUAUGCAUAUGGAGACUGACUAAUGCCGAUGGACGAGCUAUUGCAUUGGAUAAAGAUUUUGCAUAUUCUAAAGAGAUUUUAAUAAGCAAGAAGGAUUUAAAAGAGAAAAUUAAUAGUAUUAAUUUGCUGAGUACAAGGAUGAGUGAGCUAGAAACUGAGCACACGUAUCAACUUCGCCAAGCAGAAGCUACGCAAGCCGAAAAAUUAAAAGAAGUGCAUGAAGGUUAUUGCGCAGCUAUUGAAGAACUUAAAGAAAAGAACGAGCAAAUGGAAAACGAGCACACUCACGAGAUAGGAAUGAUACAACAAGAUAUUGCAAAAUUAAGAUCUGGACAUGAAAGAACUUUACAGGCUUUAGAAGCAGAUUUUAACAUCAGACUUAUAAGCGAAUAUGAUAGGUAUCAGAGUUUAGAAGAUAAAACAGCUCGGAUGAGGAAGGAAUAUGAGCAAAGAUUAGAAGACUUGGCAGAAAGCAAAAGACAAGCCCUCAGACAAUUGAAUGACAUGUUUGAAGCAAAGCUGGAAGAAAAAGACAUCUUGCUUCAAGAGUUACAAGAGCAAGCGGAAAUGGAAAAAAGAGAGCACGAAACGAUCAAGUCUUCUAUAGAAGAAGAUGCAGAUCGUGAAAUUAUAGAAAUAAGAACUGCAUACGAAGUUCAGCUGAAAGAAGAAAAAGAUGCUAACGUAAGAUUGAAAGGAGAGACGGGUCUUAUGAAAAAGAAGCUGAUAUCAGCACACAAAGAAAUCGAUGAAUUUAAGCAUCAAGUAUCACAACUUAAAGCUGAACAUAAACAGUUCCAAAAAGUUAUUUCCACACUGGAACGAGAUGUAACCGAUCUAAAGAAAGAAAUAUCCGAAAGAGAUGGCACGAUUCAAGACAAAGAAAAGAGAAUAUAUGAACUAAAGCGUAAAAAGCAAGAAUUAGAAAAGUAUAAAUUCGUAUUAAACUUCAAAAUAACGGAAUUAAAAAACCAGAUCGAACCCAAAGAACGGGCUAUACGUGAGUUGAAGGUUCAAAUAGAUGAUAUGGAGAAUGAAGAACUUAAGUUGUUGAAUAUAAAACAUGAACUCGAACUCAAGAUCAAUCAGUUGAACGAAAAACUUUCAUCAGCUAAGAAAGAUUUUCUGCAUGAAGCAAAUCGGAACUUAACUUUGAAAAAUACGUUAAAAAAAAUAAAAAUCGACUUACACAAUAUGACCGCGAACUUUCAAGAUCCUACGCAAUUAAAACUUAGCGUGAAGGCACUGUUUCAAAAAUAUGUGGAAGAUAUCGACUUUUUGCGCAGCCGAGUAGCUGAAGACGAGGCAAUUAGAGAGUUCAAUCGACAACGGGAACACCUCGAAAAGCAAGUGGCAGGACUCAAAGGGCAACUAGCAAAGUCUCUGGGUGGCUCCAAAAGUGAUAUUAGGAAGAUUAUGGAUGAGAACUGCACUUUACUAGGAGAGAUAAACAACCUGAGAGUUGAGUUAAAGUCAACAAGGACUCGGUGCUUCCAAAUGGAGUCCAUACUCGGCCUUUCAGCGCGCUAUAUUCCGCCAACCACAGCGCGCGCCAAACUUAAACAUGUCACCGAGGAUCGGGAAAAACUCGAUGAGCAGUUCAAACAGAAAAUUGAGGAGAGAGAAGAAAUAAUUGUCGCUCUCAAAGAGGAAAAUGAACGUCUACUGGGUAAGGUCAGAUGUUUGGACGAGGAGGCUACUGGUAUAUCACUACCCCAAUUUAAUACAGGAUAUUCAACGACCCGACAUUCCAAUAUCGAAUAUGCACCGACACAAGAUGAUAAUACCGAUGAUGCGCGGACCGAAGAUCAUCCGGGAGACCCAAUUCCGUGAAUAACGCAUACGUUGAGAUAGAUAUUAGAUGAAUAUAAGUUAACUUGCUAAUCCACCCGGCUUCGCUCGUAAGGGAUUUUCGAAAAUCGAUAUGGGCCUGGAAUUUCCAAAAAUCCAGAAAAAGUAAUUCUUCUAGCAAUUUUCAUGGAUAUAACUUAGAAAUGAAGGACUGUUAUAAAUUUUCAUUGCCUAUACAGGAUGUAACCAGAACGCUAGCAAAAAUGAAGACUGAUGUUUAGAUACCAUAAAAGAACUACGAUUUUUUAAAUAAAAUUCUGUACUUUUUAAAAGUUCACAAUAUAUUGUAA